AUGGAUCCUGUAUCUGCUGUCGGUAUCGCAGCUGCCUCUGUUCAACUUUUCGGCGUAGCCUACAAGACAUUUGCGCUCUGUCGAAAACUUCGAGACGGCCAGGCUUCGGUUAAAAACCACAACGAUGAGCUUCAGGCAUUCGCAUGCGAAAUCAAAGACUACCAGCGAAGUCUCAAGACUGGACAUACCAGAUCGGCGCCUCGUCAUCUGACUGAAUUAGCUAAUAAGUGUGCCGCUCUAUCGGACGAAUUGAUCAAACUCCUCGAAUAUGUCUCUGGUGGCAGCGACAACGCCAGUGCAGCGAGUAGAAUACUGAGAUCGCUAAAGGAACAAAGGAAGAUUGAAAAGCUUGAGAUAUCCUUGAAAGAAAAGGAAAAGACACUGCAUUCCUUGCUAGUACAAGACAUAUGGCGAGGUUUAGACUUCCAAGCUGCCGAACGGAGCAAGACCUUCGGGGCACUUGAUACAAAUGUACAAAAAAUAAUCAGCGCGCUCGCCAAACAGGAGUCGACUACAGCUAGUAGUACGACAAUUCUUAAACGAAAUCUCGCGCUUCUACAACAUGGCGUCAACAAGCGCUUGGAUAAGGCGGAGAACACUACAGGGCGACAAUUACGUGCGCUAAAAUACCAAGCAAAAGAACAGCUCAAAGAGUCUCGAAGUGCAAGGCGGCAGGAAGAACUUUUUAGAGGCCUGGAAUUUUCGGAAAUGUACGAACGGCAAGGUGCCAUUCAGGGAGCAGCUCCAAAAACCUUGGACUGGAUUUUCGAAUCUGAUAAAGUAAUGCCAAGUAGCUCGAACAAAAACCACGCAUACCGGCGCCAGGCCGUAUGGGACGAUCUUGGUAAUUGGCUUCGUCACAAGGACGGUAUAUACUGGGUAUCUGGCAAAUUGGGUUCUGGGAAGUCAACUCUUAUGGCCCAUUUGGUGAAUGACCAGCGGACAAAGAAUGCAUUGAAAGAGUGGCAUCAGGAAUGUCACAUUCUAGCUUCCUUCUUCUGGCGCCCUGGUUCCCGACUUCAAAAAAGCAUCGAUGGUCUUCUCAGGGCGUUGCUCCUCGAACUGUGCCGUAUACAGUCAGACUCAGCUUUCCUCGAUACAUUCCUAAGGCAACUCCCCGACAAUCUGUGUUGGAAUGAGAGGACUCUGACGAACGCGUUUUUGUUGGCAUUGAAGCUUUCUAGACCCGUACGAUUCUGUAUCUUCAUUGAUGGACUGGAUGAGUAUGUGGGCGAUUAUGACCAACUUCUCAACCUGAUAUUCGAUUUGGAGGAAUUUGAGAACGUUAAGCUGUGUGUAUCGAGUCGGCCUGAAGUACAGCUGACACAUCGGCUUUCACAUUGCGACAGCCUACGCUUGCAGGACCUCAACGAGUCAGAUAUCGAUGCAUUCGUCGGGCAGAAACUGUCUCAUGUACAGCUCAACUUGGACUCCCUUGGGCUUGGACGUAUUCAACAUCAGAUUGUCGGACAAGCAGAAGGAGUUUUCUUGUGGGCAGUGCUUGUAACGCAAGCGAUAGUUCGGGGAGCUCUGGCAGCUGAUGACACAGAAACCCUGCUCAAACGUAUUGAGAGGACCCCGCAACCCAUGAAUGAUCUCUUCAAAUCAAUGGUCGGGAAUAUCGACGAGGCACAUAGAGAAUCUUUGGCACUCUAUCUGAAAUUCAUGGAAAUCAACCUGCUUGGGCGCUAUCACUUAUCAGUAGCAGUUAUUACUGCAGCAAAAAUAAAUGGGCCCAUUGAGUCUAUGAACCGAUUCAAGGAGUUGUGCCAACAGGUCGAAACACAGAUUGUGGCUCAGAGCGCAGGUCUCUUGGAAAUACGCCAAUUAUCAGUCAGUCUCGAGCAGUCCGAGGCAGACCGAGUCGUCUCCAACGAUGGCUAUUAUAUCAGAAGUGACACAAGCGAUCAACGGUGGCCGCAGAAACAACAAACUACAUAUACCCGGCUUAAGAAGCGCUGUACUUCAUUCCCGUAUCUGGAAGUACUUGGCUUCGAACUGAAACGGAUGUCCUGGGUCCACCGAUCGGCCCACGAUUUUAUGUCGGAUCCGGCAACAGUGGAAGAACUGGGUCUCCGGCCGAUCACAAGCGAGGAAGCUGCUCGAGCUCUUCUUGCGGGUGGACUUGAAUAUUUACUCGCUGCUCCUUCUCUUAAAAUUGGAUGCCGUCUUUUUAGAGAUGAUCUAUUUGAACAUGGUCUGUUUAGACAUGAUCUACUAGGAAUUGAUCUGACAACAGAUUCUCGACUACAAUCCGUCUUGGUAGUCAGUGGAGAACUUCACCACAAAUUCCCAGCCCUAGCAAUGGCAGCCAUAAAUCAGCUGAGCUGGGCGGGUGAUCAAGUGAUUAAUGGGGAAGUUGAGUUUCCCCUUGUGUGUUUGGACAAUUUCGUGUGGCUGCGGGAAGAACAUUGGCAAAAGUAUCGCACAGGGAGUUCCUGGUCCAUGUUCAUGUUCUUGGCAGCUUGCAUGGAUUGCAACUGCAGUUUUUAUAUUUCGGAGCGCAUACAUCUGAUACCACGGGAGACCUAUGGAGCUUUGAUUUUGGCAGCCAUGAACACAUACAUGGUGGACAGUGUUAGUUACCUUGUAACGGUGGAACUUCUGCAUGCCUUCAGAUCAUAUAUCCGUGGAUUUUUCUUGGGUCCGGAUUUGGAGCUUAAAUGCCUCGAUAACAACCUGUCUCCCGCCUACAUAGGUUCGAGCAUUUCAAUUCUGGCCCCCCGAAAAAAAGAUGCAGCGCCACCUUUCAAUCUCAUGCAUGCAAUCAAUUUCGCAUUUGCAUUUAUCCAAUUUUGGCAGGACGACUUAGGGCGGCGCUUCAUCGAGAAAUUCUCGGUAUAUAAACGAAAGAUUCUCGUCUUGAUUUACAAGAUUGCUCACCUGACUGAUCUUUAUCUUGAAGUUGCCAAUGGUGGACCGAAAUUGAGGCUUCAUCUAUCUGCCUUGUCGUUUCAUACAUGUGCGUGGAAGUCCAAGGGCUUAUCAAUUCCUGAGAUGCAGAACAGAUAUCUCAGCAAAGGUUUGCGGAUCAUUUGUUUGCCUUGGGCUACUAGGACUCACCCAAUGCAAUCCGUCAAAGAUAUUUGGGAAGAGACAACUAGAAUCGUGGUGGUAGUGCUGCGCCAACCCGUAUUAGUAUACCUGAUACGGCACCUAGAAUUGGCUGGAAAACAUGCUUCACGAUCCGAUAAUGCCAGCAUAUAUGAUGAUUCAGACGCUUAUUUACCUCACAUGGAAUCGUGCCUUCGAAUCUCAGAUUUGGAUAUCGAAAAAGUCUGUCAGUCCAUUGAGGAAGAUAUUUUGGCCAAUGAGCAAGGACUGAAUGCGACAGAGCAGAUUUUUGCACUUGCUUGCAUCCGAAAAUAUCUUCCAAGACUUCUGAAAAGCAUUCAAGUUCCCACGGCUUCCACUUUUGUCAAGAACCUCGAGACAUCAUACUUGUAUGAAGAUGGGAUCGUUUCGGAUGAAUCUGCCAUUGUCAGCAGUCAUAUUGGUGACUAUGCAGCAGAAGAUGUAGGAGAUGAAGCUUCCGAGUCUGAUUGGAUUACUGAAGAAGAGGAUUACGACAGCAGCGGAGAUUGA